UUCGUUAUGCAGCUCUAUCGAAAGGUGUUGUAUACGGCUCGAGAGAGCACUGAAAAGUGAACUUUUGGAAUAGCAGAAAGGUCGCCCUUCAAGGAGUCCACGUGUGAAGUUAUUCCUCUUGAAUUGGAUUCACAGUGGGGCGGUGAAGAUGAUGUCCGACGCCAGCGAGAUGUUGGCAGCCGCCUUGGAGCAAAUGGAUGGGAUCAUAGCAGGCUCCAAGGCCAUGGACUAUUCCAAUGGGCUGUUUGACUGCCAGUCGCCAACCUCGCCCUUCCUGGGUAGCUUGCGGGCGCUGCACCUGCUGGAGGACCUGCGGGCGGCGCUGGAGAUGAUGGACCAGGACGAGAGGGAGGGCCUCCGCUGCCAGGUCCCCAACACCACCGCCGAUGGCCUAGUGGAGUGGCUGCAGCAGGGACAGCUGACCAACGGACAUGGCUCCGCCAUGAUCUACCAGGAACGACUGUCACGGGUGGAGAGCGAUAAGGAGUGUCUCGUCCUCCAGGUGAGUGUUCUCUCAGACCAGGUGGAGGUGCAGGGGGAGAAGAUCAGGGAUCUGGACAUGUGUCUGGGGGAACACAGAGAGAAACUUAACGCCACUGAAGAAAUGCUGCAGCAGGAGCUGUUGAGCAGGUCGACCCUGGAGACCCAGAAGCUGGAGCUGAUGACCGAGGUGUCCAGUCUGAAACUGAAGCUGAACACUGUGGCGAGAGAUCGCAGGGAUAGUGAGGGGUUGUACCAGGAAGUCAAUGACCUGCGGUUCAGGGUGACCGAUAUGGAGAAUGAAAGACUGCAGUGUGAAAAUAAACUGAAAUCCACCAAAGAGGAACUGCAGACCCUUCAGAGGCAGCUGGAGGAGAGAGGGGAGGAGCUGAGGAGGCUAAAAGACCAGGCUACACUGGGAGUCCUGACCCCAGACAAAACAGAUGGAAGGGAGAAAGAUGUGGACGUGCUGAGGAUGAAGAGGGCCAUGGAGUCCCUGAUGUCAGCCAACAAUGACAAGGACCGGAGGAUCAAGGAGCUUCAGGAGUCUAUCACACGGUACAAGAAAGUCCAGGACUUGGUGAAAGACACACUGAAUGAAGAUGAUUACUAUGACAUCCAGGAUGACAGAUCCCGCUCCAUUCAGGUCGCCAUGGAUAAAGACCGGGCCACCCUGGCAGUUGGGGAGGAGACAGGAAGGAGCUGUGACGAGAUUCCAUCUAUUGCAGUGUUUUCAGAGCUGGAGCAGGAGAGACCAAUACAGGCGCCAGACACAGACAGUCCACCAGAAGUCCCACCACAUUCAGCAGGUAGCCUGGGUCACACAAACAGCAACACCGAGCAGACCUCGAUUGAGGAGCCCAGCCCCCCAUCCACCUCCCCAUCAAACCCCACCAGUAAUGAAAGCUUUGGGACCAAGAAGGCCCGCUCCUCCUUUGGACGUGGUUUCUUCAAGAUGCGUGGAGGCAAGAGGACGUCCAGUGCCCCAAAUCUGGAUCGCAGCCGGAGUGUGAGUGCGCCUACACUGGCUGAGGCCGAGCGUAAGGGCACAGACCACUUGGACUUGGCUGGUGCCCCACCACACAAACCUCAGGGAGGAGACAGCAGCCAGACCCUACCUUCCUCACCAGAGGCCAAGAAGAAGUCCAGAGGCUUUAAGAAGUUCUUAGGCAGGCUGAAGAGAAGUCACUCCACCUCGCUAGACCUGGAGGAGACAGAGACUGAGUUCAGGAGGGGAGGAGUCAGAGCCACAGCCGGCCCCCGACUGGGCUGGUCACGUGACCUGCAGCACAGUGCUGAUGAUGUGGCCACUCCCUUUGCACAGUGGAGUAAGGAGCAGGUGUGUGUGUGGCUGCAGGAGCAGUGCCUGGGGCUGCACGUGGCUCAAGCCCAGCAGUGGAUCCGCUCAGGACACACCCUGCUGCAGGCCUCCCAGCACGACCUGGAGAAGGAGUUGGGGAUCAAACACCCCCUACACAGGAAGAAGCUGCAGCUGGCUCUCCAGGCACUGGGAUCAGACGAGGACUGCGGCAAGUCCAAACUGGACCACAAUUGGGUGACCAGAUGGCUGGAUGACAUUGGUCUGCCCCAGUAUAAGAGCCAGUUUGAAGAGGGGAGGGUUGAUGGGCGAAUGCUACACUACAUGACUGUGGAUGACCUGCUGUCUCUAAAGGUGGGCAGUGUUCUCCACCACCUCAGCAUCAAGAGAGCCAUCCAGGUCCUCCGGCUCAACUUCUACGAGCCCAACUGCCUCCGCCGACGGCCCUCUGACGAGAACAACAUCACGCCAGCGGAGAUCUCCCAGUGGACCAAUCACAGAGUGAUGGAGUGGCUGAGAUCAGUGGACCUGGCUGAGUACGCUCCUAACCUGAGGGGCAGUGGUGUGCACGGGGGGGUCAUGGUGCUGGAGCCUCGCUUCAACGUGGAGUCCCUGGCCCUCCUGCUCAACAUCCCUCCCAACAAGACCCUGCUGCGCCGCCACCUGGCCACCCACUUCCACCUGCUCAUCGGCUCCGCGGCCCAGCGCAGCAAACAGGAGUGUCUGGAGAACCCUGACUACACCCUGCUCACUGCCACCGCCAAGGUCAAGCCCAGAAGGCUGUCGUUCGGUGGCUUCGGGACGCUGCGUAAGAAGCGCCAGGAGGACAGCGAGGAGUACGUGUGCCCCAUGGACGUGGAGAUUCCCAAGAACAGUAGCUUCCAGGGGGGCCUGAGGAUCUACGAGGACGACCUGGACCAGUUGGAGCAGAUGGAAGACUCGGAAGGGACUGUGAGGCAGAUAGGAGCAUUUUCUGAAGAAAUCGACAACCUGACAAGCAUGCUGAAGGAGGUUGAGUUCUUCAGCGAGAUCUCCUCUCGCUCCCCUGAGACCAGCGUCACCGAUGACGACUCCAACGUGUGAGGGAGGGUCCUCGCCAGUGAUAUGUAUUAACUUUAGAUGACUGACAGGGGGCGCUGUUUUGCAGUCACCACGCAGACAUUUUGGUACUCCUCCAUUGUAAAAAAGAUUUUGGAAGCUAUAGAAAUGCAUUUAUUAAUGUCUACAUUUGUUUUUGACAAGUAUAUUCUAUUAGACACCUUAAUACAUACUUUGAAAUGAUAUGUGAACUGAACAUAAAAAUACAAGGGAGUACUAAUGAUACUGUCCCCACUACAACAAAUAAAUGCCUACAUACAUGUAAUUUUGUCCUUUAAAAUUUUUAUUGAAAUACUGUAGAAUUCAAAUCAUUCAAUAGAGGAGUGCUCCUUCUGAGGAGUACCAAUAUGGCUGACCGGUGGCUUCAAAGCCUCUUAUUGGCCAUUACAUAGCAUCAGCAAUCCAGGGUUUAUACACAUCAUUGGCCCCCGCUGGUGUCGCCAUGCAAACCUAAUGAAGCGCUGUGAAUGGGAACAAACUGUGCCAACAUCCAACCCUGAACCCCUCCACCUUGAUAAGCUCUCUUCUACAACCUGUGAGACCACCUUUUGGCCUUAUUACGUCGUUGUCAUUUCAAGCUAUUUACGAUCUCUCUCUGCAUUCCAGAGUGAAGUUAUACAUUUGUACUUAUUUGUUGUCGAAAUGUAGUGCAUGAAUUGAGAAUUCAACAUUGGAGCAUUUACUUUAUACUACCAUACAUUUAUUGUAUUACAGAACUGAUUUUUAUAUAUUUGUUUGAAUAUCCACAAAUGAGUCCCUGUACUUACAUGGUAUGCCCUUGUCCCAACUUAUUUUUGAAACCCACUCACGCCUAUAAGCCAUUAUAUAACCUGAAAGAUUAGUCAACUGGCAGUGGGACACUUAGAUCUGUCGUUAGACCACAGUUGGCCGUGCUCAACUGAAGUCAAAACCUUGCAGGCUGGCUUAAUCCAUAAUUAUAAUUUCCUCUCCAUGUUGUCCUCUCAUUUGAUGCUACUAUCUGCAUGUUUUGUUUAAUGUGUCCCAAAUUAAUUAAAUAUAAUCACUUUGGUUUGUCCUGUCAUGUUGUUGAAUUUGUCAUAAUAACCAUGAAUUUUAGGAACAUUAAACAUGGAAGCCCAACGUUCUAGAAUGUAAACAUUACCACAAAGCAAUGAUAUCGUUAUGCAAGCCUUAACCAUAUCAGUGAACACUAUGUACUGUGUACUGUUUCUAUGCAUCUUUUUUGUAAAGAAUUGUCAAUAAAAACGAAUAUGGUAAAAAAUGAUGGGCUACAUGUGACUGUGUAUACUAGCCAAUAACAGAUGGGUGAGCUAUGUACAUUUUCCCCUUUUUGAGAUACUUGUGGAAGUAUUUUUUAUUUAUAGGUACUUAUUCCACUUUUCAGCUGACUGGAGCAAGGUAAGGUCUCACUAUGAGUUCUUGAGCACUUGCUUAUGGAGAGAGAUCCUUACACCAGCCAGAGACUCCUUCACACUAACUUAUCUUUGUAUUUUGACAUGGAGUUAUAGAAAUGGGAUUUGAACCCACAACCUCUUCUCAUUCAAUACAAACAUAGCCACUACAACGCAUCACGUAUUUGUUCAACCCGGCAACUAGAGAUCUGCCAGCCCCAUGUCUCACUAAGGCUGCGCUUAGAUCAUUUCACAUCCUGUGAUUGGCCAAAAGACCAAUUUGUUAAGUCACCAAGUUUUAAGUGGUGUGAGGAGUCAUAUUGCUCUGUGGUAACCACAGCUACCUCAGACUUUAAACCAACUUAUUGCAUUUGUAUUUUAUUGGUCUCAAUGUAUAUAACAAACGUGUUGCAUAAUGAAACUGUAAUUCAAGUGCUGUAAGCAACACACAUAAGCACAUGGAAAGUCUCCAGUAACAGCUUCAAGAUAUCCCCCCUUUUAGUAGUCACACUCAAUGAGAAUCUUUCUGCAACAAUAUGAAUAUUGUAUGGAAUAAGUACAUCAAUGACAAUACUGUGCAAAGUUAUACAUUACACUUUAAGGAAUAGUUUGCAUUGGACGCAAGUGAGCAGUACUACGGUCAUGUCUUCAGCUGUGCAUACAAAAAAAAGCAUUACAAUUGCUAAGGCACUCGAGAGUCAAGUUACACAAACCAGACUGAACCAAA